GCUAAUUUCCUAAAACGAUAAUGUUUCUGUAUUCAAAGUUUUCAAAACCCUAAACGCCAAAUUCACUCACUCUCCUUCUUCUUUCUUCUUCCUCUGCAUCUGUAACUAGAACAUCAUCACAACGACAACAACAAAACCCUAAAUCCUUUAAUUACAUUUUUUUUUUUUCAUCUCAUUGCCUCACUCACAAGUCACAACCAACUUAAAAUUAGGGUUUUAUCUUAUCCGUUUCUCUCUUCUUCAGAGUUUUAAAGACAACAAAAAUGCUCAAAGAAGAUUCUAUGACGGAACGUUCAAUCCCUCUUCUCUCCUCCACUCCGGCUUAAACCUUCUUUUCUUCCCAGAGGGUUAUUUAAUUAACAGCUCCUUUCAAUUUCUCUUUAUAAACCUAUUCAAUGCCGCAGAUUACUACAACUUGUUUCUCUACGCCUACUGCUACUUUCUCAGCGUAUUUGUACCAUAACCGUAUCCCUAAUUUGGUACCGUCGGUUCGAUUCUCAAUUAAAGAUAGUGGAACUCGAGCUUGGGUUAGACGAACCGGUACAAGAUCCAGAUGGUUCAAUUCGAGCUCCCUUACGGCGGUGGCGGCAUCAUCGGAGGAGAAAGAUUCUCCGAGCAAGUCGACGAGAACGAAUCGUAGAUCUAACGGCGGUGGUGGAUUGGUUCGUAAUCCAGAUUUGUUGAAAAUUCCAGGAGUUGGUCCAAGGAACCAGAGAAAGCUCGUUGAAAAUGGAAUCCAAGGUGUUGCUGAGCUCAAGCAAUUAUACAAAGAUAAGUUUUGGGAAGCUAGUCAGAAAAUGGUUGAGUAUCUUCAAUGCUCUGUUGGGAUUAAACAUCGGAACCACGCUGAGAGUAUAACAACGUUCAUUAAACAAAGCGUGGACGAAGAAGAACUCAAGGAUUCUUCUGAGACUAAUAAUAAUAAGCCUAAGAGACGUUUGACGUUCUGUGUUGAAGGGAACAUUAGUGUUGGGAAGACAACGUUUCUACAGAGGAUAGCUAAUGAGACCAUUGAGCUUCGUGACUUAGUUGAGAUUGUUCCUGAACCUAUUGAUAAAUGGCAGGAUGUUGGACCUGAUCAUUUCAAUAUCUUAGAUGCUUUUUAUGCUGAGCCUGAGAGGUAUGCUUAUACUUUCCAGAACUAUGUGUUUGUCACUCGGCUGAUGCAGGAGAAAGAAUCUUCCUCUGGUGUCAAACCUCUUAGGUUGAUGGAGCGUUCUGUGUUUAGUGACCGUAUGGUUUUCGUGCGAGCUGUUCAUGAAGCGAAAUGGAUGAAUGAGAUGGAGAUUAGCAUUUACGACUCUUGGUUCGAUCCUGUGGUUUCUUGUUUACCAGGACUUGUUCCUGAUGGGUUUAUCUACUUGAGGGCUAGCCCUGACACUUGUCACAAGCGGAUGAUGUUAAGGAAACGAGAGGAAGAAGGUGGAGUGUCGUUAAAGUACCUCCAGGAUCUUCAUGAGAAGCAUGAGAGCUGGCUCCUUCCCUUUGAGAGUGGGAACCAUGGUACAUUCUCUGUUAGUAAACCGCCUGUUCAUAUGGACAAUGCACUUCAUCCUGAUAUAAGGGAUCGUGUGUUUUACUUGGAAGGAAACCAUAUGCAUUCUAGCAUCCAGAAGGUUCCUGCAUUGGUACUUGACUGUGAACCCAAUAUCGACUUUAGCAGAGACAUUGAAGCAAAGAGACAGUAUGCACGUCAGGUUGCAGAGUUCUUUGAAUUUGUUAAACAGAAGCAAGAAACAUCACCAGGACAUGAAAAUGGAAGCGACUCAAGCACACCGCAAUUGUUGAUGCCACAUAAUGGAGGUCUUUGGAUACCAUCAGACGGUAAUCAUUUCCCUGGAGCUGCCCUACAGUCUUUAGAUUUAAGAAAGGCGAUGACUCUCAUGACCAGAUCACCGUCCUCAUGAUUUUCAUUUUCGCCACCAUCCGCUGAUCCUGAUUUUGCUCGGCUUAAGGAUCCCUGGACCUGGAGAUUGAUUUUACGAAUGUCAGUAGGUAAUCUAUCUAUCACUAGGCAAAGUUUUGUUGUUUAGAAACAUCUAUCAUCUAUGAAGCUUGUGAUGAAUCUGGUGCUGCUUUUGUACUCUUUCGAUGUAAAAAGAAAAGGAUCGUUUUAUAGUUGUGCUGUCUUCCCGUGAUGCUGUUAAGUGUGUCGCAAGGUGAUUGCUCUUACCGAUAAUCCGAAAAAGUUGGCUUCACAUCUCUUUUGUUCAUCUGUAGUGUUGUAUCCUGAUUCUUGCAAAGUUAGCAAAACUAGUCCACUGGUUAAUUACUGUUUGAUCUCUAA